AUGGCCCUCAGCUGGCUACUGCUUCUUGUGUUGGCUCUGUCCCCUGUCACAACAGGUAUCAAGGCGUGCGAGUUCUGUGAUAUGAUCGAGUCCUCCACCUGCACCGGCAUCAGCAUGCCUUGUGCCGACGAUGAGAAGUGCUUCACGAGCUACGGGAUAAUCCCCGGCCUCGGUCCCGUCAUCAACAAAGGCUGCAAGUUAUCCACUUCAUGUGGCCACCUUCAAGAGUCUGUCCUCUACAAGCAUAACACCUACAAGCUCAGCUCCAGAUGCUGCAAAGGCGAACUGUGUAACCGGGUCCAAACCUUCUCCGGCAGCAUGAAGUUGGGGGCCAACACCUGCCUGGUGUUGGGCAUGCUGUUAUUGCUUUAUUGA